GAAAAAUGAUUGGAUGGAAAUCAGAUAAAUGUUUUGAUUAAGUUGCUUGAUGGGGCAGUUUAUGGCCUCUCCUUGUUUGAGAGCAAGGUUCAGUUAUUGUUUGCUUGCAGUGUUGGUGAUGCACUGAUGCUUUAGUUUCGUAAUAUCAUCUCAUAGUGUUCAAUGUAUUUUCAUAACUGGACUUGAUUUCUGAUACAGUGAAUGUUGGCCUGUUUGAAAAGAGAACACAUUAAUCUUGAAAAUACUGCUCUGCUCUCAGCUCAUAUCUAGUAUGGUUGAGCUUUUCCAUGACGGGAGGCUUUUAGAAUUGUCUUGUCUUUUUUGAAGUCAUUAUUUGGAUAAGAACAUCUGCUACAUUUCCUUUUUCCACUAUUUCGUUCCCCAUCCGCUGAAUGGCUGGAUCAGUGGUCUAUUGACCAGACUAAUGCUCAAAAUAUUGGCUCUAAAGAUGCCUUUGCAAUCACAUACCGCUCUCAAAUUCAUAUCAUGUUGGGAUUUUUUUGUUGAAAUUAGUCUGUUAUUGCUCUUGUCAGCAAGCAUUCUUUUCUCAUCUUUAUCAAAUGAUUUGCCAGUUCCUCCAUCCAUUUUUUGAACGCACCAUUGCUAAAUCUGAAGAUACAUUAUUGGUGCUUAACUUGUUUCUUCCCUUAUGUAUAAGAGUUCUAAGAUUAUCAUUAUCAUCCGAGUCUUUUACCCAAAAGUUUGGGGUCGGCAAGAGUUCUAAGCUUAUACUACACCAUUUUUGCAGGACUUGGCUUAUUGAUGACCGAACAAUUGCAAAGAAAGUUAAAAAUACUGCUCCGCUCUCAGCUCAUGAAAUCCAUGCCUGUGGAGCAACUCGUGAAUGCCCAAACUGCCGUUAUCCUAUAGAUAACAGUGAUGUUUCAUACGAAUGGCCAGGCCUGCCUGCUGGUGUAAAGUUUAAUCCUUCUGAUAUGGAGCUCUUGGAACAUUUAGCAGCAAAAUGUGGUGAGGGAAACAUAAAACCACACAAGCUUAUUGAUGAGUUUAUCCCGACACUUGAAGGGGACAAAGGAAUUUGUUACACUCAUCCGGAAAAGCUCCCUGGUGCUAAGAAAGAUGGAAGCAGUGUGUAUUUCUUUCACCGAACAUUUAAUGCUUAUGCUACUGGUCAACGGAAGCGCCGCAGAGUCCAAAAUGAAUGUAGUUCGAACAAAGAGCAUGUUCGUUGGCAUAAGACCGGAAAGACCAAACCAGUCAUGGAAAAUGGCGUUCAAAAGGGAUGGAAAAAAAUCAUGGUUCUCUAUAAAGCUGCAAAGAUAUCCAAGCCAGAUAAGUCCAACUGGGUGGUGCAUCAGUAUCAUUUGGGUCCUGAAGAAGAUGAAAGAGGGGGUGAAUAUGUGGUUUCUAAAAUUUUCCAUCAACAGCCAAAGCAAAGUGACAAGAAUGAUGACAGCCCAGUUAAUGAAGUUCGUGAUGGUUUGGCACUUCAAACAAGUCCAAGGACUCCGAACCCAAAUCCUCCCAAUCCACCACGACCUGGGCUUCAUGAUAAUGUUGUUGAUGAUAACACACCCCUAUCUGGUGUCCAGGAAGGAGGUUCCAUGAUAGGAGCGUCUCAUGUCGCUCCACCUUCAAUUGGGCUUGAUGAUGACAUGGGGUACCCAACAUGGUUGGCAGGCGAAUCUCAGGCUGUAGAAACUGAUGAUUUGAAUUACAUCGAGGAUUCUUGGUUAUGCAAGGAAAUUUUAGACUCUACGUCUCAUUUAAAUAAUCCAGGGCUAAAUCAUGUCUCGUACUCAGGCUUCUGUCGUGAUAAUAAAGCGGAGACAGGAACUAACAAUACAUCAGCUGGAUCUUUUGAUCUUGAGAAUAUUGAACUUGAUACUCCACCAGAUUUCCAGCUCUCUGACCUGAAUUUUGAUUCCCAGGACAGUACUUUUGAUUGGCUCGACCGCUUGUGAAGAGAUAUGUGAUGAAGGAAAACCUUCCCAAGGAUGAAAAUAAAAUCCAUGUUUUGUGCAGUGUAGAUCCUAGCUGAAGCUGCCAGAUUUUCUGUUAUUUCUCCUUGUCAGCGAAACUCAGCUGGUUGCUCUAGGAUCAAAGGGAGUACACUUUUUUUGUGAUCAGUCGUCUUGUUUUGGAAACUACAGACAGUAUUUGAAGGCUUAUGGGACCUAUUGGAUUGGUUACACUACCUGCCAAUUAUGCAAAAGGAGCACCAGAUAGUGUGAUCAAAGCAGAAAUGUCUGGUGGUUUUUUUGGCGAUUGAUGUACGGCUAAAAGUAAGUCUGUGGUGAUGUGUAUUCUAUAUGUGAAUCUUAAUGUUGCUCUUGGUAUUCACAGGGAACUGUAUGAAAUUACAUGGUAGCUAGUUUCCUCCA